AUGGCGUCGUCUCCGGCGGAACUGCCAAAAGCACUGUCCAAAGCCCUCGCCACCAUUCUGAAGGAUGUCUCCCCUCAACAGCUCCUCAGAUUUGUGCUUCCGUUGGUCGCCGCAUACCCUGUUCUCGUUUCUCUCCUUCGCUUUCGCCGUGUAAAGCAAAUCCACAAGAAAUACAACUAUCCAACACGCGAAUCUUUUGCGCGAAUGACUGAUGAAGAUGCGUUCCAAAUCCAAAAGAAUCUAGUGCAGUUCGAGUUUCCCUUCUUUUUCACCAAGGCCUUGCAGUUUGCGCUUUUCAGAACAUAUGGGAUUCCCACCGUCUCCAAAGUUUUGACGAAAACAACACAAUUUUCCGCUCCGGAAACUUCCCUAAAGCGCUACUCAGAUACUGUUGUCUUGGUGCAGGAGUUUGUUGGACAGUCCCCGACCGCUGCACGCAGUCAUGCAGCUAUUGCGCGCACCCGGUUCGUCCACAGCGGUUACCGUGGGUCAGGCACGAUUCUCGAGAGUGACAUGCUAUACACACUUGGGCUUUUCGCUGUCCAACCAGUCAGAUUCAUCAACAAAUACGAAUGGCGUGAGCUUACCGAUAUGGAGAAGUGCGCCAUUGGCACUUUCUGGAAGAGCUUGGGCGAUGGUCUCAACAUCAGCUAUGAUGAGUUGCCUUCUGGAAAGAGUGGAUUCCGCGAUGGACUUCAUUGGCUUGAAGAGAUUAUGGCUUGGAGUGAUGCCUACGAAGAAAAGUGCAUGCUACCGCACGUCAAGAACCGCGAGGUCGCCGAUGGAACUACGGAGGUCCUGCUUUACUCAAUACCAAAGGCAUUUCACCCUAUUGGUCUGAAUUUCGUGUCCUUUAUGAUGGAUGAUCGCCUGCGCAAGGCCAUGUUGUACGAAGCGCCGCCAGCAUCAUAUGCCAAGCUCUUCUCGUUCCUAUUGUCCUCUCGCCGAUUCGUCAUGCGCUACCUCACGUUACCUCGCCCAUAUUUCAUGCGUUAUUCAACCUUUACUGAACGUCAGACCGUAGACGAGCAGAUCUUUGCCACUCAGUGGGACGCCGCACCUUAUUAUGUCAAACCGACCAUUUGGAAUCGUUGGGGGCCAGCAGCUUGGUAUACCUGGGCUCUCGGGCGCCCGCUUCCUGGAGACCAGGGCGACAAGUACUAUCCAAACGGCUACAACAUUGCAAACGUUGGGCCUAAGCACUUCGAGGGCAUGGGACGAAAGUCUCAGCAAGAAGCAGUAGAAGGAUUGAAGAUUACCCGGACUGGAGGGUGUCCAUUUGCCUAG